AUGGUGCAAUUGUAUCAAGAUGCUAUGACCAUUGUGAGUAAAUUUGGUAAACCUGAUUUAUUUAUAACCAUGACAUUACUUGCAUAUGUAUGGGUUGUUGAAUAUCAAAAGCGUGGUUUGCCUCAUGUCCAUUUAUUAUUGACGUUGAAAGCCGAUCACAAGAUAGCCACCCCUGAUGCUGUUGAUAAAUACAUUUCUGCAGAAAUUCCAGAUCCUAAUGAUGAUCCCAUUUUACAUCAAGCUGUGAUGAAACAUAUGAUUCAUGGCCCAUGUGGUCAUUGGUGUAAGGAUGAAAAAGGCAAGUGUACAAAACAUUUUCCCAAAGACUUCCAGGAAGAUACAAUUAUGGAUGAAAAUGGAUACCCGUUUUAUCGCCGUAGGAACACAGGUGUUUAUAAUCGCCUGAAUGGAAGUACAUCAGAAAAUCAACAUGUAGUACCACACAAUCGUAAAUUAAUGAAAUUAUACAACUGCCACAUCAGUGUAGAAGUCGUAAGUAGUAUUAAGGCUGUGAAGUACCUGUAUAAAUAUGUAACGAAAGGACACGAUGCUGCUGCUAUUGAAGUAUCCGAUUCGGGUAUUACUGAGAACGUAAUUGAACACGAUGAAAUUCGCAAUUUUCUCGAAACUAGAUAUGUUAGUCCUGUUGAAGCCUGUGAUCGCAUAUUGAGUCACUCCUUACAAGACAAGAGUCAUUCCGUUAUGAGAUUACCCGUGCACUUACCUAAUCAACAAAACGUAACGUUCAUUGAUACGGCUGAUGAAGGAGCUAUACAAGAUGCUCUGGAAAAAACGACAAUGUUGACUGAUUAUUUCGCUCUGAAUCAGCGAGAUCUAGAGGCAAGAAAAUUUACAUAUGCAGAAAUCCCAUCUCAUUAUGUAUUCAAAAAAGCAAAAGGAGCUAAUAAGGAUAAAUGGGGGAAAGCACAUUUUAACGUGAUUGGACGAAUGUACUCCGUAGCACCGAGUCAAAUUGAAUUGUUUCACCUUCGUUUAUUACUGAUAAAAGUGAAACUAGCAACAAGUUUUGAAGAACUUACCACAGUUGAUGGACAACGAUGUGAUACAUUCCAUGGUGCCUGUUUAGCAAUGGGUCUAAUCGCGGAUGACACAGAAUGGGAACGUGCAAUGGUUGAAGGAGAAACUUGGAUGAUGCCCUUACAACUUCGACGAUUAUUCGUUCGGAUAUUGAUUUACUGUCAUUCCAAUCAUCCAGACACGCUUUGGGAGAAAUUCAAAGAUGCCAUGUCUCAAGAUUAUCAAAGAAAUUGUGAGGCUCAUGAAGCAGAGCUCAGAGCUUAUGCCCAAAUAAAGGUAUUCCUCACCGAAGAAGGUUCAGACAUAAGUCGUUUUCCUAAUAUGCCUCAGAUUGAAGAAUUUGUAGCAAAUAUUGAUGAGACAGUUGAAGAAGAACUUGAACAGAAUGAAAAAAUUGGCCGCGAUCAGUACCACAAGCUAAAUGUUAAACAAAAACAAAUUGUAGAUGAAAUUCUAAAAGUUAUAUCAUCCAACUCAGCAGGACAAACGAAUACAUGUUUCUAUAUUGAUGGAUCUGGGGGUUCUGGGAAGACGUUCAUCUACACCACAAUCUACCACUUAUUAACAGGGACCUCCAAAAGCGUUUGCACGAUGGCUUUCACUGGAAUUGCGGCAAUAUUGCUUCCACAUGGAAAGACUGUUCAUAAAACUUUUGGUAUGCCUGUACCUCUUUUUUCCGAUUCUGUAGGAAAUAUCAAAAGUCAAUCCAAAGAAGCUGAGUAUUUGAAAAGUGUUGAUGUGUUCAUCUGGGAUGAAGUCCCCAUGGCACCGAGGUAUGCCUUAGAGUUAGUUGAUCGAACACUCCGUGACUUGAUGAAUGUGAAUUUACCAUUUGGAGAAAAAGUUGGAAUUCUGGGCGGCGAUUUCAGACAACUACUACCUGUGAAAACUCAUGCAACUCGCAGCGAGAUGGUCAAUCUCUCCAUCAAGUUUAGUGCAUUAUGGAGACAUUUUUCAAUGUUUUCUUUGACUGAAAACAUGCGAGCACUUCCAGGAGAAGCAGAAUUUUCGAAAUACGUUUAA